UGAAACAGACUUAAUGCUUCUUGCAGUCAGUCAUCCCUUCUACCCAAUUAAGGCUCAGUCACCUUUCCUAGAACUAGGUCUGGGGGACGCUGCGCUCCCGGCCCUGUCACCACUGACAUCCAGGGGUUCCCAGAAAAGCAGCGCUGAGUGCAGACGCCGCGGAGCCAUGAGUCUUUCGAGGCUGCGAACGUCUCUGAUGCUGCUGUUGCUGAGCACCUGCCUCCUCGCUUCCGCCGGGAGCGCGAAGGGAGUAGCAGGCAGAGCCUCGGAACGGGUCCCGGGUCCCGCGGGCGGCUCUUCGGGUCGCUUCGUCAGCCCCGAGAGGCACGCGUGCAGCUGGCAGCUCCUGCUGUCGGCCCCAGGACGCGAGGCAGGCAGCGAACUGGCACUGCGUUGCCAGGGCCCGGACGGGGCGCGCCAUCACUGUGCCUACCGCGGGGAGCCGGAGCGCUGCGCGGACUACGCCGCCCGCCGCUCGCACUACUGGAAGCAGGUGCUGAGUGGGCUGCGCAAGAAGCGGCUCCCCUGCCACGACCCCGCGCCGCUGAAGGCCCGGCUGUGCGCGGGCAAGAAGGGCCACCGCGCCGAGCUGCGCCUGGUGCCCCAAGGGUUCUCACCCGCCCGCUCCACUGCCUUGGUCAUCCGUCCGGAGCCCAAACCUUGGGCCAAGGGCCGAGGGCGGCCCCGGGGUCGCUCGCUCGGUCCCUCGGCGUGGGCCCCACCACCCCCCAGCAUGGCACCCAAAGGAAAGCCUUCUGAGGAAGCCAAAGCCGGCAAGAGGAAGGCGGCCUCGGACCACGACGUGGGGCUAAGCCCGGGGACCCAGCCCGACCCUGACGGCCUGGAGGAGAACGCGAAACUCACCGAGACCUACUGCGCAGAGAAGUGGCACUCCCUCUGCAACUUCUUUGUCAAUUUCUGGAAUGGCUGAGGCUGGGGGAACUAGGGAAGGUGUACAGCGGGGGCCAGGAAGCUAAGGGCAUUUUAGGUCAAGAGAUGUGGGACUAGAGAGUGGGGAAUGCAGGUUCUAGAAUGGGCGGGUCUGGGGGUAGGGAUGAUGGAAUAAUUUGGGGUAAGAGUAUAAAAUUCUCUGAAAAGGCAGAGAGGUUGAAAAUGUUGUAGAGUCUCUAUCCUAGUUAAAAGCAGAGGGAAUAGCAUAGCUUAAAUGGGCAAAAACUGUAGCCCUGGGAGAGAUGGGCACAGAACAUUCUCAAAGAAAUAAGGAAAAGGUGACGAAAGCGACAUGAGGGAAGCGGGAUGCAAUAACCAGAACCAGGUUGAAUUGCCAGUGUUGUUGUUGUUUGUUUUGUGUUUUUUUUUUUUUUUCACUUAGUUGAGAAGAAUAACGAAUAUUUUUUCUUUGGGGAUUACUGAUUACUGAAGACUUGGGUGCUGCUUGACAUAGAUGGCCUCUAUAGGAAUAGAAUUUGUUCGGGGUUGAAAUAACACCAGUGACGGAUUUUCAGGUGUCAAAAGACGGUUUCUUAAAUUCCGUUAGAAGUGCUGCUUUUAAACGAUGAUGCCUAAUAUCCUAACACUAUCCUUUAACCUUCUAAUUUAGAGGUGAAUUGUAGAAGUCAAGUGCUCCAGUAGAUUUUACCCAAAAAAUCUCAAAAAAAAUUCUUUUUAUACUUGCUCAUCUUUCUAAAACAAAAAUCUAAAAUGUAAGUGUGCAUUAGAGUCAUCUUGAGCAUUAUGGAAGUUGUAUCUCUUUUGCAUGUAAUUGUUAACACAGUCCAUUUAAAAUAAAAUGUAAGACCAAAUAAGAAGUAAUGAUAGACAUUUUUAUUGAGCAUUUGGCAAUAAAAAUAUGUGGAGAGACUUAAACAACUGGCAAAACACUGGGAACAUUAAUUCUUGUAUUUACAAAAUUGGCAGAACAUUUAGAUGACACACAAUUUCAUGCUAUUCAGGUCACAUUCUGAAUAACACUGACCAUUUCAUAAAAUUCACUUUGGCUUAGCAAAGGAGCUCAGAGGAGGUAGACCAUUCUUCAAAGAUAAGGACCCAUGUAUACUUUCCCCAAAAAGGUCGGGAAAGGUCAGCAGAAAAGGGUAUUUGAAAUGAAAUAGCACUAUCCAGCAAUCUAGGAAGAGUUACAGCUUUCUGUGUUGUUGUUUUUUUUUUUUUUAAGAUUU